CGAAUAUUUAGUUGUCAAUUUUCAUUAUCAUGGCGGAAGACGAGGAUGGUGUUUCGAAUAAAAAAACUUCCCAAAAUUCGAAUAAUGCAGGCCCUUCUCAAGAAAACGAACAGACCGCCACGAAGCCAGACUUAGGGAUUGAAGAUGCGAAAUUCAAUAGUAAUGAAAAUGGCGAGGCAUCACCGCCAGAAGCUACAAGUUCGACAUCCAAAUCAACUGGCGCCACUCGGAAGGAAGAGAAUCCGUUUUCGUUCCGGCAUUUCUUGAAGCGUGAUUUAUCGUUACCGGGCAACUCCACAUAUGAAAACACAGGAGCCCGACCAAAAGUUUACGCUAACACUGUGCAACAUUCGCCGACUAAAAUCGAUGUCCACGCCGAUUCUAGACGCGAGAAAACCCAUCCGACCGACACGCAAACCAAAGAAACAAGUAACGAUGUUAACAGCCAUCGUGCAAGUGAUAAUACGUCUUCAAGUAGUUCUGUAGAGAUACCUUUUAGUGUAGUGGAUAAUUCUGAAUCUAAGCAUAAUUUGUACACAGACAAUUCCAAUGUGCCGUUUUAUCAUAGGCCAAAUUUGGCUUCUGAGCCACUGGGCAUGCCGUCACUACCAGAUUUUGUCCAAGAUCACAUAUUAGUGGAGCAGGCAUAUCUGAACUCUAAUGGUCCAAUAUCUGUUGAUAUGGAUAAUUUACCUGAUUUGUAUUUUAAUUUCAAUGCUGGUUCAUCAUCUUCACAAGGAAGAAGAAAUAAUAGUAAUUAUAGUGGUGGUAACCGAAGCUAUGACUAUGAAGCGUAUAUGGGUGCUGCAUCUACUUCCAAUGACAACUCUGGAGCAGCGGGGCGGAAUAUUCCUUUAGAUUUGCCGGCGGGGGCAGAGGCAGCCGGUCCGAUACCCCUAGACUUGCCAGCACACCUCAGUCUUGAUCUCACUGAAUCUGUGAAUCCUGCAGACAGGAGGAAUACAUCUCCAAGAAACACAUUUCCUUUAGACUUACCGCCGAAUGCAGGUGCCGAAUCAAUGCGACUGCCCGAUUUCCUGCCCGUGCAUCCUGGCCGGACGUCACCUGAGCCUGAGCAUCAAGAUGAACAGUUACAACAAAUAAUCGCGGAAUUAGAGAGGACAAGGUCGGAGUUAUUCUCCGAGCGUAGUAGGCGACAUAGAGCGGAGGCGGAUGCGGCCGCGGCUCGCGCGCAGUACGCCCGCGCCAGGGAACUGCGGCCCACGCCCGAGCAUGACGACCGUGAGAGAGGUGCAGAUGUGGAAUCUACUAUAUCCAAAUUAAGAAAGGAAAUCAAAAGGUUAAAGGAGGAAUUAGCGUCGUCUCAGGAACAAGUUCGUUCCCUACGCAGCAUGCAGGGGCUCGCGGCCUCAGACCUGCGACAGGCCACUACCAUCGCGGAGACGUCUCUCAGAGAACUAUUGUCCGGCCUGGAACAACUAAGGAACCUGAGUACUACCCUCGACCCGACAUGAUAGCUUCCGACAAAAGGCUAACUACUGGUAACCGAGCCUAUUGUACUACACUACACUACACACUCAAACACAAUCUACAGUGCGAACAAGACCUUGUGGAACUCAUAUGUGACAUUGACAGAAGGGCGCUGCUGGUGAAUAACUGGUGAAAUGAAGAUUACUUAGUACGUAAAAUGUCCUUGCUAAAGGGAACGUUAUAAUUCACGAAAUAAAAACCAUUUGCCACGAGUAGCUCUCUGAAUGUUACCCGAGAGAGCUACUGGGCAAAGUGAAAUAAAACUACAGGUGUUAAAUAAAAUACUGUAAAGGUUGAACGGUCUAUAUCUUUAAUGUCUCAUAAAUAAAUAUAACUAGCUUCCGAUAGGGGUCGCUGCCAUAGAUUCAAUUUGAUUGGUGUGCAUUGGGCCGCAAAAGGUAAAAAUUACAUAUUUGUUUCUUAGGCUUUCACGCCACCACUCGUUAAAGAAAACAAGUUUCAACGGUAUAGAUGCACUGAUUGAUUUAUUUAUUUAUUGAGGUUUUGCAUACUUUUCAGGAUGCGUUGUCUAAACGAAACGAAACGACGAAAAUAUAAAACUCAAAGGUGACUGACUGACUGACAUAGUGAUUUAUCAACGCACAGCCCAAAUCACUGGAC